UUCCAGGAGACAAAAUAAAGGUCUCUAUUAGUAAUGCCAUUCCAUACAAAAAGUAUAACCAAUGAAUAAUAUCAAUAAUUUGAUUUAUUCUCAAAGCAAUUAAUAUUAAUGAAGUUUGUAAUGUAAACACACUAUAUGACUCUUCGUUAUGCAUUCAAAGACAUGAUCAUGCGUGGUAAAAAGAUAAAUGUGGAAUUACCCUAUCAGUUCAGGAAAUUCUCGUCUUCCGUUAUUCAUCCAUUUACCGAAUAAAGUUUUUCCCGAAUUUACACUCGGAAAUGGAUGUUAAAUACUAUCAUUUGAAGAGUAUCAUCUGUAUUUUGGCACUUUCAUUAAUUGAUUGUUCCAGUAUUUCAAAGAAUAUAUCUAACACCAUCUUUGAAGGUUAUGAUAGUGGACUACGACCAGUAUGUGCAAAUGUUCCACUUGUAAAUAUGACAAUGGGUAUAGCCGUACGUCAGGUUAUUGGUUUGGAUGAGCCAAAUCAAAUUGUACGGUUAAAUCUAUGGAUGAGAUUGAAAUGGAAUGACUGCUUUCUGACUUGGAAUCCUAACGAUUAUGGUGGAUUAGACAACAUCAUUGUUCCAAUCAAGAGAGUCUGGGUACCAGAUCUUACAUUAUAUGACAGCACGGCAACAGAAUUCAGCGGUAUUAAAGAGUAUAGGGCUCACAUCUUUUCAGAUGGAUCAGUUUAUUAUAACUUCCCAACUGUACUAGAAGCUCUGUGUCCAAUCGAAGUCUUGAACUUUCCCUUCGAUACUCAAAUAUGUGCAUUAGUAUUUGGCUCCUGGAAUCAUCAUGGCCUAGAAAUAGACUUUUACCCGAAAGACAACCCUGGAGAUCUAUCAACUCUGAAAUCUAAUGUUGAAUGGUUAGUUCCAAAGGUAGCAGCAAAACGACACAGUAUAAAAUAUACUUGUUGCCCGGCGCCUUAUCCAGAUGUCACUUUUUACGUUUAUUUGGAGCGGAAACCUGGUUACUAUAUCAUCAACAUAUUGAUACCGUCAGUGAUGAUAACAGUCUUAGCUAUAUUAGGAUACUUUCUCCCGGUUGAUUCUGGGGAAAAAGUUUCACUAGUAAUCACAGUGAUGCUAGCAAUGUCGGUUUUCCAGCUGUUAGUCGCAGACAAACUUCCACCAUCAGCUGAAUCAACGCCUUGGAUAAUGUUUUUCUUCAAUUUCAUCCUUGGUUUAUCAGCGGUAUCUACCAUACUACAAGUGCUUGUUAUAAACUUGUAUUACCGCGGUGAAAGGGAGAUACCAACUUCCUUGAAGGAUUACGUCAUCAAACCUCUUUGCUUUAUCACAUGUGUUCCGAUACCUGGAGAAGAUCCACCGUCUUAUUGUAGAAGAAAGAUACAAUGUUCCGAUUUUACAAAGCCACAGGAAUCAACGAAUACGGUGAUGUGGCAAAGUUUUUCCAUUGCAGUAGAUCGGCUUGGCAUUGUUUUGUUUUCAUUUACUCUUGUCAUUGGAAUUGCUACAGUAUUUAGACAAAUGACAGGGAGUUUCUAGACUCUGUUUUCUGUGAAAAGAACUUUCAAAUAUUUUUGUUUAGCUAGUUGAUUUUAAAAGAAAGGAUUAUUUUUACUUAAACCCAUUUGUUUAUUUUGUGUUAAUGAACGCUAAAAUAUAUGUUGGAACUAUUAAAUACUUUUAGUUAAUAGAUAUAAAAAGCAUGAUCUUUGACGCAACGAUUUCAAAGCAUCCUCAUAUAAUUUUUGUUUAUGUAUUUUAUUGGCCGUUUUCAUUGUUGUUAUUUAAUUUAAACAUAUUUAUUUAUAGUGGAUUGGGUGGAAAGUUAUUGCAACUUAUAUUAACCCCUUUCCAUUUGCGGUUGCGAGUGCUGCAUUGUAGCUGCAUAAGUCUACUCUUUUACGACAUCUACAAGAGAGUCUUUUACGUGUAAGGGAUAUAGCUCUCUCUUAACACGGGUCAGUCAUUUGUCGUCCCCUUCCGAUUAACCAGGAACCUUUGUGAUAAUAGUCCGAUGCCUUAAUCACUUCACCACGGCUCUUCUAGUAAUUAAAUUGAUUAUUUGAUUGUCAGACCAAGUAUUUCAUGAUUAUUUAAUUAUUUCAUAAUCUAGGACUAUAUUUUUGAUUAUUCUGAUUAAAAAGCGAAAUUAUUGUAUGUAAUUUUCCUCGGAGUUAAUUACUUUUGUGAUUUUACUUUUUUUCAAUCAUCAUUACUGGGUAACAAUGCCCUUGUCAUUACGGCGUUGGUGUACGAACAAUCAAAUUCUCCAGCGAGAAGUUUUAUGCAACAGAUGAUUAACCGUGACCCUGUCAGGUGUUUGGUGUUUACAUAAAUCAAGUAAA